UCUCUAUAAAUCCAUCUCUCUCCCUCCUCCGCCUCUCCCCCCCUCCCCUCCGCCUCCCCGCGCGCGCCCCGGCCGCUGAACAACACGCCUUGGAAGUUGGAAGCGAGAGUGAGGGAGGGAGACGCGCCGCGCGCACGUGGGCGCCAAGAAACGGCUGUGGGUUUUGAGUUCUUGGGGUUUGGAGGUCGAGGUGUUUUUGGAUUGGAUUGGAUUGGGUUUGAUGGAGGCGAAGGAGUGCGCGGCGAGGAGGGCGUUGCCGCCGGGGUUCAGGUUCCGCCCGACCGACGAGGAGCUGGUGGUGCACUACCUCCGCCGCCGCGCGCUCGACACGCCGCUCCCGCCCGCCAUCGACAUCCCCGACGUGCGCCUCCUGGCGCAUGACCCCUCCGACCUCCUGCCUCCAGGGUGGAGCGAGCAGGAGAGGUACUUCUUCACGUGCAAGGAGGCCAAGUACGUGAAGGGGCGGCGCGCCAACCGGGCCACCGGCGCCGGGUACUGGAAGGCGACGGGGAAGGAGAAGCCGGUCGCCGUGCCCGUGCCGGGGCCGGGGCCGCGGGGCCAGUCCGUCGUCGUCGGCAUGAAGCGCUCCCUCGUGUUCUACCGCGGGAAGCCACCCAGCGGCAAGAAGACCGACUGGGUCAUGCACGAGUAUCGCCUCGCCGGCGCCGGGCUCGCCCCGUGCCGUCGCGCCGCCAAGGACGCCGCCGCCGCCGCCGCCGGCGACCACCCGCCCCGCCCCGCCGACGGCUGGGUGCUCUGCCGCGUGUUCAGAAAGAAAGGAUCGCCCGCGUCAACCACCACCCCCGCCGCCGCCAUGGAGCGCGACGAUGAAGCCGUCCUCGACGACGACGACGGCGGCGACGGCGGCGCGGUGACCGCGGGCGUCCGGUUCAUCGACUUCUUCGCCCGUGCCGACGCGCGGGGGCGGCGCCCCGCCUCGCCGGUGUCGUCGAGCUGCGUGACGGACGCGUCCGCCGAGCAUUGCCGGGAGCAGGAGACGACGAGCAGGGGCGCCUCCGACUAAGCUAGGCCAGCACCGGCGUCGACCACGCCGCACCAAGUCAACGCAACCAAGCAAGAAAGUUGCAGCCUUUGCAAGUUUGUAGCAACACAGGGCAGUGUUAAGCUUUGUUUGUAAGUUCGCUUAACGAAAUCACCGAAAUGCCAAAAAAAAAUUAAAAAAAAGGAGAUGCAGGAAUUAGCUCGAGAGUGUUCAGUUACAGUGUAGCUCAAGAACUGUUUAGUCUGUUAAACUAAUGUACUCUAGUGUCUGAUUUUAAUCUGCUGUUUUUAAUGCCACAGUGCCACACACACACACCCAGUGUUCGUCCCAAGUUCGGUGAGCUUGAUCACUCCCAAAAACUGUGCAAGUUUGGAUGAAUACCUAACAAAUUCAGCUUCAUGUGUGUCCUAGGUUUUCAAGCAUAUUCAACCAAUUGCCAAUGAGAAGCUAUAAAGAGGAUCUUCUUCUGCCA